CUAUGUUCAUUUCCCGUAUGCUGACAUGGAUGUUACAAAUGUAUUCAAGGCUACAGUCAAAGCUGUAAAAUCAAGAAAUAAGGCGUUGGGAGAAACAGACAAUGACAAAUCUAGUAUACUCAGUACAGCAAGACACAAAGGCGAUUUCGAAAUGAAAGCAAAAGAUGUGAUAACCACAGUAACAAAGCUGAGGGAUUUUCUUCUCCAGAAUCGCAAAGAAUAUAUUAGUGCUGGAAGUCAUUUAAUAUCGGAAGCGUCACACAUGACUGACUCCGAGCGAGACCAGAUUGAUAACGAGGCCGAGCAGAUCAUCCGGAUGUGUCGAGAAACGAUCUCGAUGUUCCGCAAGGAGGCCAACGCAUCCCGGGUCCAUCCACAAGUGAGGGAACAUCGCCAGGCGGUGAUGGCUCUUAUAGAAGCUUACCUCAAAGUUGUUUGUAAGCUUUACAGUGAACAGAGGGCUGUGCGUGUGAAACGUGUUGUUGACAAAAAACGAAUAUCUCGACUACAGCCUGAGAAGAGGAAAACCCAUGUAUCAGUCUUACUGAAGUCGGAACAGUCUGUAAAACACCAGGAACAAGACACAAAACAGCCAGAAAAGCCAGCAAGAAGUGCAUUAGAUCUCGAACUGAAACCAGACUACUUAGAUGAAGAAGACAUUUCACCGGAGGAAGCACAGAUUUUUGAGCAAGAAAAUCAGUCUCUAUAUGAAGAAAUGAAUAGCAUGUCUGAUGAAGUUCGACAGAUUGAAGGAAAGGUUAUUGAAGUUGCCAAACUGCAAGAAAUAUUUGCAGAAAAAGUUUUAGAACAGGAAAUAGAUAUAGAUAGAAUAGCAGGCACGACUGUUGGUACAACAGAAAAUAUAAAAGAUGCAAAUGAAGAUAUUAGAGAGGCAAUAAAGAAGAAGGCUGAAUUCCGAGUGUGGAUUUUGUUCUUUAUCGUGAUGUGCACCUUUUCUCUACUCUUUUUGGACUGGUAUAAUGGUUGACGAAAAAACUAAAGCCAGACAUGAUAACGGAUAAAGCCUUUGAAAUGUUUUGUCAUGGUGCUAACAUAGAUGUAUGUUUACAGGGCUGUAACCAGCCUAAAAUAUCUGUGGUUUAUGGGGGGUAACAAUAGGGGCACAGUAAUAUAAAUUCCUCUCCAGAUAGACAAAAUGGGCACUUUGAAAUUGAAAAGGGCACUUUUUGUCUCCCCUUUACAAGGUGAAAAGGCAAAAUAUUGAAAUUACUUAUCCUGACAGCAGCAUAGACGUAUGGGCUCCCAUUUUUGUAGGGGAGCAGGCUGGCUUUUGCCCAAAUGAAACAACAAUGCCCGAAUCUCCAUAACAACAUUUAUUCGAAUUAGCAUUGCUGCCAAAUAGCUACAUGUAUAUAGGGUUGCAGACAAAUCACUACGCAUUUUUACAUGGAUUACAACUAAUUUCGAGGAUAGAAUGAUGGAAAUACAUGGUAAAAAGGUCUUAGGUUAGUUAAUUUUGUCCGAAUAUCUUUAUAAUGUUUGCCCGAAUUUGAGGUUUUUCUCCAGCACUAGGGGACAGUUGCCCCCCCCCCCCCCACCACGUCUCAUACGCUUAUGGACAGCAGCAUUGAUGGCAUCAAAGUUACUUUUGCAUGAAAGUUUGUGUUCAGAUCCGUUUCUCACAAACUAUAAGUCCUAGAUCAAUGGAAUUUGGUUUACAGUUGCACAUAUGGGUGUUUAGCACAGUGCAAAACGUUUGUGUUAGGGGAGACAAAUAGAAUAAAUCACUGUUGUGAGAUGUAGAUAUGGCAAUUCAAAACCGAGGGACAAAAUGUUUUUUUUUGUGAGGGCCGAGGUUUACCGAGGCCUUUACAAAAACAUUUUGUCCUGAGGGUUGGAUUUGCCGUAUCUAUACCUCACAACGGUGAUUGAUUCUUUUU